CCCGAGCACAAGUGACAGGAGCUAAACUAAAAGCUGUUUAGUACCUACUUGUUAGCAGUUCGGCCCUCGGUUGUCGCGAGGAUUUAUACCGAGUUUUCGCCGCGUGCUGCCAUCUGGUCACCAAGCCGAAAUCACCAGAGCCGAAUUGGCGAUCCCCAGACAUCGGAUAAUCGGCGCCACGAUGAAUAUCCUGGAGAGGUUGAGGGCGCCUUGUGGAUGGCGAGGAGGCGCCAAGCAGCUCUCCGUCGACGCUGUUAUCCCCCUGAUCGCGGUGCCCGUCCUGUCCUUUGCCGCUGCCCAGACGCUGCUCUGCACGAUAAUAACGUUCGUAACAACGCCGAUACUGGUCUACUACCUGCACCAUAAUUUUCUCCGUUUUUUACUGAGAACAAAGUUCUUUCUCAUGUGGAAUAUAACCAGCGUUGUACUGCUGAUGCUGGUUUUCGAAAUAACCGUUGUACCGUUGCUAGAAAUUCUCCCAGAGGAGAACUGGGUCUUUGUCAUUAGUGUCGUCGGCGGCAUUGGCUGCGCCUACCAAACCAGAGUCAAGGCUGACUCCGGUAACCAGGAUGCGGCCUCGUCUCAUCUUAUCGAACUCGGCGACACCGGAGGCGAGCUUUGCUCGACUUGCAGGAGACGAGCUCCUCCCCUUGCUCAUCACUGUCGCAUGUGCCAAACUUGCGUAAUUAGGAGGGAAUAUCACUGUAAAUGGCUGGACUGUUGUGUGGGGGGCAGUAACCUCAGAUGGUACAUGGGCUGCCUAUUAUUCUCAGCCAUAGCUUUUAUCUAUGGUUCUAAUCUCACCAUGACCAGCGUCUGCCAUCCUUUCAUUUUCAUUGGUACCAUUCUCCUGCCCGAUGAUUGCAGCGAUGUUUAUCACCAGCUGGACAUUGCUCUCUGUUUCGUAUCGGCGAUCUACAGUCUUUUUGCUGGGUUGGCAGUAUUGAGGUGUUUUUUGUAUCACUUAUGGUUGAUUUGGAUUGGUACAACAGCGAAUGAAAGACGUCUUGCUCUGGCGGGCGGUGGUGCUUCUUAUGGUCAAGAUAUGUUGAAAAAUUUUGGUCAUAUAUUUUGUUGUAAAGCUUGCUGAGUUUUAUUGAUUGAUAUACGAAGGGACUGGCCUAUUUCGUUUGAUAUAACAUCUUGACGAUAUUAUUGUCUAACAAGAUUAUAUUAAUCAAGAAACGGAGGAAUUUGUAAAUAUGUAAGUUUGCAUUCUAUUCAAUUUGUUAAAAGUGUACUCAUCGUAAUUAUGUAAGUAUUGCUUCGAAAUUUAAAACAUUGAUAUUACGAUUAAGACGAUGAUAUUAUUGCAGAUCUCAUAUAAUUUUGAUAUUGAUAGAAAAAAACGGAAAAUAAGAAAAAUAUGAAACGAACGAAAAUAAAAGCUGACCUAAUCGCCGAUCUUGUUUAUGGUAGAUAUCGAUAAUUACUUUCUAAUUGUAGGAACAUAAUAAUUUAUUCAUUCAUUUUAUAAUUCGAUAAUGAACUAAAACGGAAUCUCAUGUAACUUGAAUUGUGAAAACAGUACACCGCACGAUGUAUUAACUGGAUAUUGCAUUACACCUUAAUUAUACUUCUCUCAGAAAAGAAGUUUCUAUUCAGAUCUGAAUAACGAUACAUACAUAUAUAUAUACAUAUACAUACAUUAUACUUGUAUCGUGUAUAUAAAUUUAAUGUAACUGUGAUAAAACGGCCAUUUAAACAACUAAUAAAUAUUGUACAAACAAA